CACGUCAAUUCAUUCCGCGAUUCAUUCCCCCAACUCAGCAUGUUCCGCUCGAUCAUCAAGGCCACUCCGCUGCUCCGCCCGACGGGCCAGCAAGUCCGCCGUCUGAACUUGCAUGAGUACCAAUCCAUGAAGAUCAUGCAAUCGUACGGCGUCGCGAUCCCUGCCUCCGAAGCUGCCGACACACCCGAGCAAGCUGUCCAAGUGUACAACAAGCUCAAGGGCGGCAAUGACACGAAGGACGUCGUGAUCAAAGCGCAAGCGUUGACUGGUGGUCGCGGUCUCGGUCAUUUCAAGAACGGCUUCAAGGGUGGUGUCCACAUGUGCACCAAGGCCGAAGAUGCUAAGAAGUUCGCCCAAAAGAUGAUUGGCGAAACCCUUGUCACCAAGCAAACGGGUGUAAAAGGGAUUGAAGUGGCUAAAGUGUUCCUUAUGGAACGCGUUUACUUGCGCCGCGAAAUGUAUUUUAGCAUUUUGAUGGACCGUGCGUCGCAAGGUCCGGUGUUGGUCGGUUCACCUGCCGGUGGUACCUCUAUUGAAGAUGUUGCGCACAACACGCCCGAGCUUAUCUUCAAGGAGCACGUCGACAUCAUGACCGGUCCCACCAACGAACAGUUAACCCGCUUGGCGAAGAACAUGGGCUUGGACGGUCCUGCCCUUCCCCGUGGCGUGGAACUCUUGGGCAACUUGUACAAGAUGUUCAUUGGUGUUGAUGCGACCCAGGUUGAAAUUAACCCCUUGGCCGAAACCCCUGAAGGCCAAGUGUUUGCUUGCGACGCCAAGAUCAACUUCGACGACAACGCCGCAUUCCGGCAAGCCGAGAUCUUUGCCCAACGCGACAAGACCCAAGAGGAUGCCCGUGAAGUUGAAGCCAGCGCAUACGACCUCAACUACAUCGGUUUGGACGGCAACAUCGGGUGCCUCGUGAACGGCGCCGGUCUUGCCAUGGCCACCAUGGAUAUCAUCCAGUUGUUUGGCGGUUCCCCUGCCAACUUUUUGGAUGUAGGCGGUGGUGCCACUGAAGCGCAGGUGAAGAAGGCGUUUGAAAUCCUGAACGCCGACAACCAAGUCAAGUCGAUCUUGGUCAACAUCUUUGGCGGUAUCAUGCGCUGCGACGUGAUUGCUGCUGGUAUCAUUGCCGCCGCCAAGGAUCUCGGCAUGAAGAAGCCAAUUGUGAUCCGAUUGCAAGGGACGAACGUGGAAAAGGCCCGCGCCCUCAUCGAGAACUCGGGCUUCCGCAUGAUCGUCGCCAACGACUUGGAUGACGCUGCUCAAAAGGCCGUCAAGAUUGCCGACAUUGUCACCCAAGCCGAAGAAGUCCACGUCAACGUGAGCUUCGAGUUGCCUCUUUAGAUAUCGAAAAUGAAACACAAGUUGCUGUAA